AUCAGGAUUUAUCAAUUUAUCAGAGUUGUGAACAAAUAAUGUCGUGGGAGAGUCCCCCGCCAUACUUCCAGGGAUUCGAUCUUACAGAAUUAGGAGGAGAUGAGGCAUAUCUAAAUAUAUCCUGGCAGGGAGAAAACCCCGCCUGGCUUUAUACACUCAGUGAAGAGUGUUAUCUUUGCCCCUGGGAAAGAAUUUCCGAAAUUUCUGGAUGGAAAAAUCUUACUGUACAUACCCAUCAUCCUCUACAUAUACUAGCCUUGUCUGAUGGUUCUGAGCAAUAUAUAAGGACGGACUCCCCCUCAUUACAGAGUACAACGCUAUGCAACAGGACACAGAGGUUCGGAGAGUUCGGGGUAUAUAAUCUUAACAUCAACAACUGUAGUCUUGAUGUUCUGCUUGAACCUGUGAAUGAGAACCUGGCCCUGCUCGUCUGCUUCCUGUUCUAUGUGGGCCUGGCAUUCCUCUGUAUGGGAGCAAAGUUCAUCCCAGGAAAACCGGUUCAUAAGUUUGAAAGAUUGAUGGGCUGGAGGGAUGAUACAGCUGGUUCAGGGAAACCAAGACUGAGAUCCCUGGAUACUUUUAGGGGGAUUAGUUUGGCGAUUAUGAUCUUCGUAAACGACGGUGGUGGUAUGUACUGGUUCUUCGAGCACGCGACGUGGAACGGUUUGUGCGUGGCUGAUCUCGUGUUUCCCUGGUUCCUCUGGAUUAUGGGGGUCUGUAUACCGAUGUCUGUCAGGUCGAACUUGAGACGAAAAGUUCCUUUAUCCACUGUGGUUUGGCAGAUAUCUGUCAGGUCUGUGAAGCUGUUUUUGCUUGGGUUUAUUCUCAACACCCUGGGAGGAUGGAUUGAUCUAGAAAGGCUUCGUGUUCCUGGCGUUUUACAGAGGUUUGGAAUUGCUUACUUUGUUGUUGCUGUUGUAGCAAACAUAGUAGCCAUCCUCACAAACUUCGAGAGCAAACCCAGCAGCUCUGAGAGCAAACCAGGCACCUCUGAGAGCAAUAAUAAUGAGAGCAAGUCAGGACGAUCUUCCAAGCCUGGAUUGUUCACGGAUCUCAAAGAUCUAGCUCCUCAAUGGUUCAUUAUGUCCGCCAUCUUGUUUGCGCAUCAGCUGAUAAUAUGGCUGGUGGCAGCACCUGGAUGUCCUCAGGGAUACCGUGGACCAGGUGGACUUCAUGACUGGAGUCCGGAGCGGAAUAAUUCCGGAUGUAUCGGAGGAAUUACAGGAUAUAUUGAUAAGGCAUUUUUCAGCACAGCUCAUAUCUACGGGAAUCCUACAGCACGAAGUGUUUAUAAAGCAUCAGAGUUUGAUCCUGAGGGUAUACUUGGAACAUUAACCACUAUUUAUUAUUUAGUCCAGGUAUGGCUAGGCUACCAGGCUGGGUAUAUACUGCAAGUGUACCCAGAUUGUAAGAAUAGGGUUUCUCGACUUAUCAUAUGGUCGAUAUCUACAGGUAUAAUCAGUGCUAUACUAUGUGGUGGUGAACAGAAUGGUGGCUGGGUUCCAAUAAACAAAAAUCUUUGGUCUAUCUCCUACGUCAUGGUGACCUCUUGCUUCGCCUUUGCACUUCUAGCCUUUCUCUACAUCGUCAUUGAUAAGAAGGAUUGGUGGAAAGGUCAACCUUUCUUUUAUCCAGGAAUGAACAGUAUACUGCUGUACUGCGGGCACAGUGUGGCGUACAAUCUAUUUCCUUUUCAUUUUAUCAGUGGAGAAAUGAGAACUCAUGCAGCGAGGUUACCAGAGGCCCUGUGGGGAACAACUCUAUGGAUUUUUAUAUCCUUUGUUCUCUACAAAAAGAAGGUUUUUGUUACAGUUUAAAAUAUAAAACUUAGAAAUCAAAAAUUGAUAAUAGUAUUCUGUGUUUUUUUUAAAUAAUGUUAUAAUAUUUGACGUUUCUCUAACAAUUGUUUUCAUACUUUCUUAAGGCGCUGCCUUUUUUCAUUUUUAGAAGGUUUACUACAGAUAAUAAUAUCUUUUAAAUAUAUUUUUAUGAACUUUAAAGAUAUUAUGUUAUUUUAUACUUUUGUAUUGAAUAUAGUAAUAAACCUCAUAUUUUGUAAACCUGAACAUGCCUAUAUAUAUCACGUUAUAACAUUAUUUGCACCUAAACGACAUUCAUUCAUUUCUGAACAAACCUAUCGGUCCAUAUUAUUAAUUUGUACUAUAAAACCCAAAAUAUAGAUUAGUUGGACAUGAAA